UCUCCUUAAAAUUGCUGGUCCUGUACCCCAAAUUAUAAAGAAUUAUUAUGGGUAUUUCACGGAACUGGUGCUUUCUAUCAAAACCACAACUUGGAUCUAGGAUGAGGAGUAUUUUGUGCUUGUUUUUUAGAAAAGCGUUUUCUCCUGCUUUUCAUGCCUGUUUCUACAUUCUGUUGAGGACUUUUGGGAUAUAUUUGGCUGAACCUAAUGAACAUGUUUUCUGCAUUGCAUUUACUUCCAGAUUAAACUCAAGUUUUAUAAGGAAAGCUGUCAAUUUUUUGUCACCGAGGACCAAGAAAUGCAUUCCCGUGCCUGAAAAAGCUAAGGAGAAUGAAGAAAGCCAAGUAUGUAUGCUGAACGCCAGUCCCUACUAUAUAUGUAAGUUGGCAUCGAAAGGAGACUUGGCAGCAUUUGAAAAAUAUUUUAACAAAAACCCUGAACGCCUUCACACUCGCAAUACAAAGCGUCAAACAGUUCUACAUCUGGCAGCAGAGAAAGGCCAUGAAGAUAUUCUGUUGUUUUCGUUAGCAAACGGUGCAGAGAUCGAUGCCGAAGAUAAUAAGGGGUGCACGCCCCUUCACGUUGCCAUUAUGAAUCGGUUUCCUCAGUGUGUCAACAUUUUACUUAAGUAUGGAUGCAAUCCACAUAUUUACAACUUACAGGAACAAAAUGCCAUUCAUUUGGCCUGCGAGCUUGACUUUGACGAUGUACUCUUGGUAUUGCUAAAAUACAAGUCUAUUGAUGUAAAUGCAUGGAACAAAAAUGGUAACACUCCUUUACACUGCACUGCUGCGAAAGAUAGCUACAAAUGCGCUAAAAUACUGCUGGAAAAUGGAAGUCAACUGUGUCAAACGUGUGAAAUUGGUUUUUAUCCGAUUCAUACUGCGGCUCUCAGUGGUUCAGCAAAAACCUUGAGUGUUUUUUUACAGUACGUAUCAGCCCAAGGGAAAGACCUGAACAAAGUACUCACCUAUGCAGAUAAAGAUAAUAAUGUACCAUUGCAUUCUGCCGUUCGGAGUGGGUUUUUAGAGGUAGUGAAAGUAUGUCUCGAAGCAGGAUCACGGAUUGAUACGAAACAGGAUGACCUUUAUAAUCCACUUCAUCUGGCCAGCGCUCAAGGUAAUUUAGACAUGGUCACAUUGAUGUCAGAACUCCAAGAGGAAAGUUUCAUGAAAGCUUUACGUCAGAAAGACAUUUUAGAAAUGACGCCUCUUCAUAGAGCUACUUUAUUUAAUCACGGCCACAUCAUCGAAUUUCUGAUAUCAAAGGGAGCUGAUCUUGAAAUAGGAGAUAUAUAUCAGAGGACACCUUUGCUGCUUGCUGCCAGCAAGGGCAGCCAUGAGUCCGGAAAGUUGUUGUGCAAAGCAGGCGCGAAUCCUCUGGCAAAAGACAUUAACUGCCGAAAUGUUCUUCACUUAGCUAUAAAAGGAGGGGCGACACAGUAUAUACGACUCAUUAAUUACAUAUUCAUAUUAAUUAGGUAUGGAAGAUACAGGAGCUGUUGUAAACUUCUGGAUAGUCUACAAGGCAAAAACAUCCUGAACGAAACUGAUGGAAAAGGAAUGAGUGCUAUGCACAUAGCAGCAGAAAACGGUCAUGUGAAGAUUUUGGAUUUGCUGAUUACAAGAGGAGCAGUCGUUUCAAAAGACAAUAGAAAUAAUUCUCCUCUCCACCAUGCUGCCGCCAACGGUUAUACGCAAAGUAUUACAUUGCUAUUAAAUGUCCACUGUUAUCUGAUGAACGCUACAAAUGCAGAUGGGGAAACGGCUCUGCAUUUAUCAGCAAAAAAUGGCCACACUUCAGCAGUGUGUUUGUUACUCUCGUGUAAGGCGAAGAUACUCAACGAUAAAAAGAAGAUGACAUUUUACGACCAUAUUCUAGAAAUGAAAAGUUCCGAAGUGGCGCAGGCUGUGAUUGAGCAUCAGAGAUGGGAGGAGAUUAUGUCACUACCUUCAGAAAUCUACGGACAAACGAUUGUAGGACUCAUUAAAGAACUGCCUGAUGUCUGUUUGAGCUUGAUGGACCGUUGUACCACACCCUCAAAAGAAGAUCCUAAAUGCAAAAAGUUUUCUAUUGAGUACAACUUCAAAUAUUUACAGAACCCUGAAGAUGAUUCCGGUGAAAUGGAACGCAAACCGAUGAGCAUUCUUAACGUAAGUAUACAUCUACAAAAGAUGGCGUAUGGCCUUCCGUUGUCCUUAACCAACUAUUUUUUCUACAUCAUAUACAUGGCUUCCCUGUCAUGUUUCGCCCUCAAGAACAAAAUGAUUGAAAAGGACAAAAUGACUGAAAUGAACACCACAUAUUUGACUAAUGAACCCAAUUAUGCCAAUCAUGAAAACUAUUUCCUUUGUAUCAUAAUACUGGCUUACAGUUUUAUUAAUAUCGUCUGUGAAAUCGUACAGUUAAUUCAACAGUCAAAAGCUUAUUCGCGCAUUUUUCCGUCCGUUCUGAAAUCUUUAAUGAUGAUGCUGGAAUUAGACUACACGACCACAUUCCACAACCUAUUCCUAGAAAACACCAUCACUUAUACAGCUGUUUACAUUAUACUAAUUUUGUACGUCAUCCUUAUGCCUUUUCUACUGAUGAACUUACUGAUCGGUUUAGCCGUCGGAGACAUUGAAUCCAUUCAAAAAAACGCAGGUCUUAAACGCCUUACUAUGCAGGUAACAAGUCAUACAUCAAUUGAAAGAAUGCUGCCAAAACGACUUCUGAGACGGUUCAACAAAGAAACUUAUAGGGUUUUCCCCAACGAGAAAGGAAAAUGUUCUAGCAGUAUUAUGAAGCAAUCUCAACUCUCAAACUACGAUAAAUUCCAAAAUAUUGAGAUAUCUGCAGAUAAAAUAGACUGGGAAAUGCGAAAACAGAACCAAAGGUUGAAGUCUAUACAGAGUAUGAUGGAAAGCCAGCAAGAGAUGAUCCGUAUGAUUACACAGAAAAUGGAGAUAUGUACAGAAGAUGAUUUUGUCGAUGAAGGUGAAAACUUUACCGAGUGUAUGGGAACUGACCUCAGUAACGGGGAAAACCAAGUGAAACGGUGGAAAAGCUUUGUUGAAAAGAAAGUCAAAAAAUAAUUUUCUUUGAUGUUGUGCAAGCGGGCAGCAGAGCAAGAGUGACAAUGAAAGUGUGCCAACAGCACAGACCAGAUGUAGUUAUGCAGGUGUGAAUGUCUGCAGGUGUUUCAGCAGAACAAGAGUACCUGUAUUAGUCUCAAGAGUUGUUUGUUGCAAUUGUGUAGUAGUGGUUGUGCAUGAUGUGCCGGAUUGUCGGAUAAUCAUUAGUUUGCCGUGUAAAACGGCAGUGGCAUAUCAAUAGUUGUUUGUGCUUUGUAUCUCGUUAGAUAAAACAGAACUAUCUCUCUCUACUCCUUUGGUGACAUUUUAGUCGUUAGAUUAAACGUUUGACAGAAACAGAUUAUGAAGGAAUGAACAAAAAAGGCAGCUAACUAAGGAAUUAACAAACAACUGAAAGUUAAAAUAUAUUAUUUCUAAUUAAGCAAAACAAUUCUCAGGUUUAGAAAAAUGUGUGUGAAUUUUCAGUACAUGUUAUUUAUAUAUUUAUAAGCAGUAUAAAAGAUAUUCUCCUCCCCAACAAAAACAUUCUGUAUCAAUUCAUUAAGCUAAUAUGUGUAUAUAUAUAUAUAUAUAUAUAUAUAUAUAUAUAUAUAUAUAUAUAUAUAUAUAUACACACACAUACAUAUAUAUAACCAUAUACGUACAUACACACACACACAUGUAUUCUAUGCUAGCCAGAUUAGAAUACUGGAAUGGUCAUUGUAAGAAAACUUGGACAUCCCUACUGAUUGGUAGUGAUAAAUAGAGAAUUUCAAAAAAUACGAACUCAAGAAAACAAAAUCGGUGCAACUCUGGCGUGUGAUCUACAAGGACGAUUACUUUAGCUUACAUUUUAGUUUAUUUUGUGCUCGUGCUACUUUGGUGUAUGAUGAUUUUAUCAAUGAAUUGAGCGAACAUUUGCUAGAAACACAAGAAAAAGGUCUCAUCUGCAACCAGCAAAAGUAAUCAUCUUUUUCAAAAUACGAAUUUUCGAAUCCAACCAAGUUCUUUCAGUUGCUUGAGUAUUGGUUCCAGUGUUUGGAUCAACAUAAUAUCUUUGGUGGUUGGCAAUAGAAUGGCAAAAAUUUAGAUAAUUUAAACUGAAGUAUGCUGGUCAUUCGUCGGAAUGAAUACCCGAAUUUUUUGCAAUUUUCCUUUGAAUUAUGGGUUCAAGUGUUUCACGAUUUUUUUCUACAUAAAAAUAGCGGCUAUCUGCAUCUUUCUUUAAUUCAAAGCCCUUCCAAUCUCACCUUGACUAUUUCUUUUGGCUACAGAUGAGGAAAGAGUGCUGAAGCCCUUUUUCAUGCGUUUCUAGCAGAUGUUCACUCAAUUCAUCGAUAAAAUUAUUUUAAUAAUAAUAAAACCAUGUUUCAUUUAGUUUUAGUAAAUAAAUAAACCAAGAAUAAACAAUAUAAUAAUUAAAAUAAGCGCUCAGAUCACACAUCAAAAUAAAUUUGCUCACGUAGAUCACAUGGCAAUGUAACUCUAACACAAAGUAAUCGCCCUUUAAGUUGUAGAUCACACGUCAAGGUAGCUCCACAAAAUCUUAGUUAAUGAUUCGUAAAAAAUCAUAGGCCCCUUUCAUAUAAUUUAUUCCCACAAACCGGUGUUGUCAUAUGGCAUUGUCUCACGAGAAGAGAAAAAUAAAAUAAUCUUCUAAAAUAUUUUAAAUUAUUUAUUAAGUUACAAGGCGUGGAUAAUUUAUGAGAUAGAAUAAUUGGCUCAUGUAGAGAAAUGAAAAUUUUAGGUAGUUUUUAAAAAUUUUGUUACAUAAUUUCAAGUAUCAUAUAUGCAACUGUCAUCAGUUUUAUGCCCACUUCUCAAGCUUAUAUGGAUUAAACAGGUCGUCAUGUUUGAAGUUCUUAUUCAGAGUUACUUGCCCUCUUUAUACAGAUUGUAAACCAUAUCAUACGUUCCAAUUUUCCCAUGGUUUCUUUGGAUGGAUAAUGCUCCUAACUCUUAGCAUAUUGCAAAGUGUACUGCAAGCAUUUUAUACUGACUGGUACCAGCACUAGAGAGGUUGCCUCGUCCUCAGCGAGAUUAAAGAAUCCGCUCUACAUUAUCUCUGUUAAAGCUACAGUGACUGAAAUAAGAAUUGAAUAACUUAUCUAGAUUAAACUCCAGUUGACGGCGAAUUUGACAGGUUUAACAAAUAUUUUUAAGUGCACACUCUGAUGGCAAUGAAAACGAACAUGGAAACUGAGGUUUUGAUCCUUGGUUAUAUGAAGCAGUUGUAUAUCUGCUAGAAGUAUAUUGUGUGGUUUUGUUGCAAUUCUAUCAUCCAUCACCAUUUUUAUUAAUUAUAUAGAGGCAUAGGCUUGGUUGUGUGGUCAAGAAAUUUGUUUCAAAACCAGUCUCACAGCAUGACACCGUGGGCAAGUGCCUUCUAUCUUGAGCUACAGCUGACCAAUACCUUGUGAGAGUAACUGGUAGACAUUGCACACAGAAACCUGUUACGUGCGUGUGUGAAUGUUAAUAUGCUGUGAUUCCUUAUCAGAAAGUUAUCUUCUGGUUCUAAACUUUCAAAAAUGAGUAAAAUAAUAACAGUUAAGUGUUAGUGACAGAAGGGUAUCCAGCAGUUAAAACGAUUCUUCAAUAAUAUAUAUAUAUUCCAUACUAGUAUGGAAAAAUGAACGUAAAAUAAUUACAAGAACUAGAUACAUUAUACUUUUCCAGUGCAGAUGGUACACUAAAAUGCACCCAAUGAGGAUUGUGGGUUAUCAUAAUAAAAUGUAGCCAGUACACAUAUGGGAUAGGGUUUCCAGAAACAAAAAUGGCAGUUUUCUCUCAAUUGUUGUAUGUGCCAGAUGACAUAGGACUGCGACAAGCGAUGAAAUAUUGGCAGAUCUGUCCAAAGUAUGUUGCAUAAAAAAAAACAACAUAAAAUGCAUUUUUUUUUACAUAGGCGCAAGGAGUGGCUGUGUGGUAAGUAGCUUGCUUACGAACCACAUGGUUCUGGGUUCAGUCCCACUGCGUGACACCUUGGGCGUCUUCUACUAUAGCCUCGGACCGACCAAAGACUUGUGAGUGGAUUUGGUAGACAGAAACUGAAAGAAGCCCGUUAAAGUCUGUCAUACCAGCCAUGAUGAAAUACCACAAGGUAUAGAAAAUACGUAUUCGCCUUUAUAUAUUUAAUCCUUUAUAUUGAACACUCAAUAUUUCAUCUAUUCAAUAAGACAUUCAAUACUUUAUUUCAUUGUACCAUCCAUUUUUAUUUUAUAUUAUAUAUUGUAUAUUCCAUAUUCUAUAUCCCACAUUGGUUUUGCAGGAAUAUAAAUAAAACAUAAAAAACA